AUGGCCUCUGGGUCAAAUUCCCAAGUUGUAGAUUUAGAAGAAGUUGUUGAAGAGAGUGUCACCGAUGAAAUAACAGCUUUCAUGUCUCAGCAUUUUGCUGAAGUUGAAAGACUUUUGGUGUCCAUGAAAGAAAAAAUGGAAGAAAAAAUGGUGCUUGAGAAUAAGUCACUGAAGAAAGAGAAGGAAUUGAUGGAAGGAAAGGCUCGGAAUGAGAGAUCGGAGAGAUUGAUAGCUGAGACUGAGCUGAAGGAGUGUAAAAGAGAGUGUUUGCAGUUGAAGAAAGAGCUAGAAGGGUUUAAUGAGUUAUUGAAGAGUGGCGGAGAGGAUAAGAGGGUAAUUAGGGAACUCAGAGAGGAAAUUUGUGAGUUGAAGUGUGCAAAAUUGAAGGCAGAGACUGAAGUUGAUGCAUACAAGAGUAAGUUUGAGGAACUGGGGAUGUGGGUUUUCCUUUUAGAGAAGGAUCUGAAGCUGUUGAAUUCUGAAGAGCCUGUGAGUAAUGUUGGGGUUUCUAAGGGGGUUGUGGAAGAAAAGGUUUUGGAUGAGAAUGUUGUUACUGUGAAAACUGAGGUGCUUUGCAGUAAUUCAAAUGAUAAAAUUGUUGUUAAGGCAAAUGGUGGUCCUAGGUCUCACUCACCGGAGAGCAGAAAAGGUGAUGUGGGGGUUCUAGGUUCGGUUUCUGGUGAGGGCUUGCGAGAGACGGCUGUGAAGGAAAAUGGAAACGGCAGUGAAAGGGUUGUUGAUGUGAAAGUUGAGACGGUUGCUGCUGGUAAUCAUGAGAACAUGGUUUUAGGGGCAAAUGGAGGUUCUAGGAGCAACUUGCCGGAGAAUGGAGUUGGACACGUUGUUGGUACAGACCGCCAAACUGAUAGGUGGAAUAUUACUUACUGGGAAUCUGGCGUACGUUCAAUUAUGGCAUGGCCUAGUGUUGCAUGGCGUAUUGAGGAUAUUGAUAUUGCACUUCUUUUUUCUUUGCCACUAGAAAUUAUAGAGAUUAGUGAUAUUGAUGAUGACUCUUCUUCGAAUGCAACUUUGAGUGGAAAAAAAUCGGCUAAGCAAGAAGGCCAGCAUGGAGCAGAUUUAGGUCUGGAAGAUGUCAGCAACAAGACCAAAUUGCUCAAACGAAAACGAACCUCUGGUUCAAAUUCUGAGGAUGAUAUUGGUGGUAGCAAUGAGCCCUGGGAAACAAAAUAUCAAGUGUUGAUUCAAGGCCCUCAAAGAGUUCCUGUCAAUCAUUGUGAGGAGGGACAAUGUGAGGAGAAAAUUAGGGCUGGACAGAAUUCCCAACUACAGUGGAUUGAGCAUGUUUUGGAUGGGUUUGUUGGUUCUGACAGUGAGGAGAGUUCCAGCUCCUCUGAGUCUGAGUCGGACGAUUUUGAUUUGCUAAGUGACAUAUCUGCCGCAAUAAAACCAGCACAAGCGAAUAGACCAUAA